UCCCGACCAUCUUUUAUUCCUAAUUUCAUGCUACCAACAACAAGAUUCAUUCAGUGAUCAGUAGUCGCGUAACCAUGUUAAGAACAACUUCCUUGGGAGGCAUCGUCGCUUUCCCAACGUUUUUCUUAUUUUCAUUGUUUACCGGUAUACGGGGUGAAUCGCUAACGCCGCCCUAUUUUAAUUUAGCCGAAGGUAAACAUAUUACUGCAACGGCUACUUGCGGCGAGGGUAUUCAAGGACCGGAGUUAUAUUGUAAACUGAUUGGUGCGAAUUCCGAGAAUGAUCUCACCGCGAAUGUUAUACAGGGGCAGUACUGCGAUGUCUGUGACCCUGCUAGAUCGGAUAAAAAACAUCCUGCAGAAUUCGCAGUCGAUGGUAGAGAGAAUUGGUGGCAGAGCCCGCCACUUUCCAGAGGAAUGAAAUACAAUGAGGUUAAUUUAACCAUCGAUUUAGGACAGGAAUUUCACGUGGCUUAUGUUUAUAUAAAAAUGGCGAAUUCUCCUCGACCAGGUUUAUGGAUUUUAGAAAAAUCUGCUGAUUACGGAAAGACCUACACCCCUUGGCAAUAUUUUUCAGAUUCGGCAUACGAUUGCGAAACUUUUUUUGGUAGAGAAAGUUUACAACCGAUCGUCAAAGACAAUUCCGUAAUUUGCACAACGGAAUAUUCGAAAAUCGUACCACUGGAAGGCGGGGAGAUUCCGAUUUCUCUGUUGAAUAAAAGACCAUCGGCAAAUCAUUAUUUCAAUUCGUCCGUACUACAAGAAUGGACAAGAGCGACCAAUGUCAGAUUGAGAUUCCUCCGGACGAAAAAUUUACUUGGACAUCUAAUGUCAGUAGCUCGACAAGAUCCUACGGUUACAAGAAGGUAUUUCUAUUCCAUCAAAGAAAUAAGUAUAGGAGGUCGUUGUAUGUGUAACGGACACGCGGACGCUUGCGACAUUCCCGAUUCUCGAGACAGUAGAGUACUGCUAUGUAACUGCAAGCAUAAUACUUGCGGGGCCAAAUGUGACGUUUGUUGUCCAGGUUUCGAACAAAAAGCUUGGAGACAAUCCAAACACGACGCAUUUUUCCGUUGUGAACCUUGUAAUUGUUACGGUCAUAGCGAUGAAUGCGAAUACGACAAAGAGGUAGAUAAAAAGCAUCUAUCUCUCGAUAUACACGAAAAAUACGAUGGCGGCGGUGUUUGCAAAAACUGUAGAGAUAAUACCGAAGGAAUAAAUUGUAAUAAAUGCAAACCGACAUUUUUCAGACCUUACAACAAACAUUGGAAUGAAACUGACGUUUGUCAACGUUGUCAAUGUGACGUUUUCUAUUCUACCGGUAAUUGUGCAGAAGGAUCUGGCCGAUGCGAAUGUAGAAAGGAAUACGUCCCACCGAACUGCGACAGUUGUAGUUUCGGUUAUUACGGUUACCCAAAUUGUAGACCUUGCGAUUGUUACCUCAACGGAACCUUGGAAUUACAAUGUGCUCCAUUACGAGGAGAAUGUACUUGCAAACAUAAUUUCGGCGGGUCGUUUUGUAAAGAAUGUGCUUCUGGAUACUUCAAUUUCCCUCAAUGUACAGAAUGUCAAUGUAAUCCUCAGGGUUCUGAAUCGAAUUCCUGCAACCAAGAAAGUGGAGCAUGUACUUGUAAAAAUAAAUACGAUGGUGUCAAGUGCGAGCAUUGCAGAAACGGUUAUUUCUAUAAAGACAACGAUUGUACGUAUUGCGAUUGUGACAGCAGCGGUACGGAACCUGAAAUUUGUAAUAAAACCAACGGUAGUUGUAUAUGUAAACCUGGGUACGGGGGAGCUCGAUGCGAUACUUGCCUUUUGGGGUACUACGGGUAUCCGGAUUGUAAACCGUGUGAUUGUAGCAAAAAAGGAUCUCACGGUUCGAGUUGCAGCACAUCGGGAAAAUGUUCCUGUCUAUCGAAUUACGCCGGGAAAACUUGCAAUCAAUGUAGUCCUGGGUACUUCAAUUACCCGGAUUGCAACCCUUGCGAUUGCGAUGGCGCUGGUUCGAUCGGCAUUUCCUGUGAUCAAAACGGUAAAUGCGAAUGCAAACCCAAUUUCGACGGUCAACAUUGCGAUUUGUGCAAAGAGGGAUAUUACAAUUACCCGGCAUGCGAAGAUUGCAACUGUCAUCCCGCUGGAGUGGUCGAAGGUUUCGCCGGAUGCGGUUCAGUACCAGAAGGCGAACUCUGCCAAUGUAAAGAACGAGUGGAAGGAAGAAUUUGUGAUAAAUGCAAACCUCUAUUUUGGAAUUUGAAUCUCAACAAUCCGAACGGUUGCGAGGACUGUAAAUGUAACACGAGCGGAGUUCUAGGAGGUAUCGGAGUUUGCGAUGGAGACGAUGGUCAGUGCGUUUGUAAACCGUCUGUAAUAUCAAGAUCUUGUUCGAUAUGUGCCGAUGGUACUUAUGGUUUAAACAAAGAUAAUUUAUUCGGAUGUACCGAUUGCGGUUGCGACGUCGGCGGAUCCGUUAAUAAUUUCUGUAACAAACUGAAUGGUCAGUGUCAAUGUCAACCACGCGUAGAAGGACGUACUUGUAAAGAACCGCUGCAAGCUCACUAUUUUCCCACUUUGUAUCAGUACCAGUACGAAGUUGAAGACGGACGGACACCAGAAAACAGUAAAGUUAGAUACGAACAUAACGAGAAUGUAUUUGCGAAUUAUUCUUGGAAGGGGUACGCAGUUUUUACGAAUUUACUACAAAGUGAGGUAGUACAAGAAAUCAACAUUAUAAAACCAUCUUUAUACCGAAUGGUGUUCAGAUUCGUUAACCCCAAUCCUUACACUGUUAUCGGUGGUAUAAGAAUAGUUCCGGAAAAUCCGAGCGAUAUUGAACAGUAUAUACCGGUUCAAUUUAGAAAUAGUUCGCAACCAGCUUUUGUAACAGUUUCCGGCGAUACUGGAAAUAUUGCAAAACCAUUUGUAAUGAACCCAGGACGAUGGACAGUUAUUAUAAAUAUAAAUCAAACUGUUUUCUUGGAUUAUUUUGUACUUUUACCAGAAGAUUUCUAUUUAGCAACAAUUUUGAACCAAAAAGUUGAAAAAGCCUGCACGAUAGGCGAGCAAGAUUUAUGUCGUCACCAUGCGUAUCCAAACGUUACUUCCUACGACAAAUCUUGGGGUGUUGGUGGUUUCGGUCCGAAUCGGCGACCCCUAGUGGAGUGGUUCAAAAACACGACACAUUUGUACGAAUUGAAAAAAAUCAGUAACAAAGUUCCCAUGUUGAAUCCGGUUCAACCACAAAUAUUACUCAACAUUUCAGUGCAUAAAGCAGGAGAUUAUGUUUUGGUUAUAGAUUAUCUAACGCCUUUAGAUGAUCUUCGAACGCACGAAAUUGAAGUUACGAAACAAUCGAAAGAAGGCAAAGAAACAGGUCGAGUUAUACUUUAUUCCUGUCCUUAUACCACAAUGUGUCGACAGGUCAUAACAAACGAAAAUCGAGGAGUUGCAAUUUAUAACGUUAACGAAAAUUAUAUUUCCAUAAAUAUUACGGGCGUUGAUGCGAACGUAGGUAUCCAUUCGGUGAUCGCAAUACCUUACGAAGAUUGGUCUCUCGAUUUUAUAACACCGAAACCGGUGUGUAUAAGGAAAAACGGCGAAUGUAUACCGACAACUUUUCCCAAUCCGCCGGAAACCAAGAAAAUUCCGUUCGAUCAAGAAAUAAUGGGAGAAAUUGGCAAAAACAAACCUCCCAUAAAGGAACUGUACAACAAUUCAUACGUAUGGUUGAAUCCAUCUGAUAAGUCUAUUGAUAUUAGAGGAAAAGUGCCUUUUCCCGGUGAUCAUUCUUUUAUCGUACACUACUAUCAACCCCAUUCUCCAGCGUUCGAUUUGGAUGUGAUAAUACAAAAUGGCGCUUUUUACGAAGCCAAAGUAAGUAUCGAACACUGCCCCUCUCAAUCUGGAUGCAGAGCUGUCGUAAAUAAAUUAGACGGAAAGAAAAUAUUCAACAUAACCGAAAAUUUCAUGAUUACUUUGAAGCAACAAAACGAUAAAGAGGUCUAUUUGGACUAUUUGCUCGUUGUUCCUGCGGAUCUAUAUAACGAACAAAAUCUUGAACCGGAAACUGUUGAUCGAACUGGGGAAUUUAUAUCACAAUGUGGAAAUAAUCACUUCAACAUUGAUACGUCCGUUAAGGGAUUCUGCAGAGAUUCCGUAUUUUCCAUAACGGCAGGUCACAAUACGGGCGCUCUCCCCUGCCAAUGUGAUUACGUGGGUUCUUUGAGUUUCGAAUGCGAAAAAUUCGGCGGGCAAUGUCAAUGUAAGGAAAAUAUCAUCGGUAGAAAAUGCGAAGCUUGUAAAACGGGUCAUUACGGAUUCCCAGAUUGCAAACCUUGCAAUUGUCCAUCGACAGCCUAUUGCGAACCGACUACAGGAGAAUGUGUUUGUCCGCCCCACGUUAUCGGCGAAAACUGUGACCAAUGCGAGCCUCUCACAUACGGUUUUCACAGUAGCAUCGGUUGCGAGGAAUGUAAAUGCGAUUACCUCGGAGUUAUCGGUAACAAUCUACAAUGUGACGUUGUGAACGGAAGUUGCCCGUGUAAAGAAAAUAUUUUCGGUCGAACUUGCGACAAAUGUAAACCGGGCACUCAUUCCUUCCCGUAUUGCGAAUCCUGCGAAUGUAAUGUCGAUGGUACCAUCGCAGAUAUAUGCGACAAUACGACCGCCGAAUGUUUUUGUAAAAAAAACGUCGUCGGUCCUCAUUGUGAAUUUUGCAGAGAAGGUUCCUUCAAUUUGGAAGCUUCCAACGAAGACGGAUGUACGGAAUGUUUCUGUUUCGGUAAAACCACCAGAUGUACAAGUUCCAGACUAUUAAAAGUAGCCUUGAAUAUAAUGAGAGAUUGGGAAGUAGUAUCAUUGGAUCUCAAAGAAAAUUUAAUUGUGACAUCUCUCAACAUAGACUUGGAAAAUUUAGACGAGAACAGCAAUGAAGUAGCCAUAGAUUUUUCCUAUGUGAACACAUCUAUUGCCUAUUUCUCUGCCCCAGAUGAUUAUCUAGGAAAAAAAUUGGUAUCUUAUGGUGGUUUUUUGAAUUACACCAUCUAUUACGAGAUAGGCAAAAAUGGUACUGCCGUUAGUGCUCCGGAUAUUAUUCUACUAGGAAGAGACAUUUACUUGACGUAUAGUAACUUCGAACAACCCCCAGCUCAGACAGAAUUUUUAACCUCAUUACAAUUGAUCGAAAACAAUUUCGAGAUAGAAGGAGAACCAGCACGAAGGGAACACCUUAUGGAAGUCUUGAGGGACUUGAGGGGAAUAUAUCUUAGAGCUACUUAUUGGACAGCAACUGUUUCAACAAGGUUGAGUAACGUUUUGCUUGACGAAGCUUACUUAUCGGAUGAUUACUACGAAAAUUCCCCCGUCGCUCUCUCUGUCGAACAAUGUCAUUGUCCGCCCAAUUAUCAAGGUUUAUCUUGCGAAGAAUGCGCACCAGGAUAUUAUAGGAUCCUUUCAGGACCCCACGGAGGAUAUUGCGCGCCGUGCGAAUGUCACGGACACGCCGAAGAAUGCGACGUCAACACCGGUAUAUGUUUGAAUUGUAUGCAUAAUACUAAAGGAGAUCAUUGCGAACUAUGCGAAACUGGAUAUCACGGAAACGCUUUAGCUGGAACUCCGAAUGAUUGUUUGAUUUGUGCUUGCCCGCUACCAAUCACCAGCAACAAUUUUGCUACGGCUUGCGAUCUAAGUUCUGAUGGUGAAAAGAUAAGUUGUCAAUGUCGGGAAGGUUAUAUUGGAGCUAGAUGUCAUUUCUGCGCACCUGGCUAUUUCGGAAGACCGGAUCAACCAGGCGAUUAUUGCAAACCUUGUCAAUGUUCCGGGAAUAUAAAUCCGAGAGAUCCAUCUUCCUGCGAUACCGUAACAGGAGCCUGCUUGAAAUGUCUCAAUAACACCUACGGAGAACAAUGCGCUCAAUGUGCGCCGACUUUCUUUGGAGAUGCCGUCGGUUUAAAAGACUGUCAACCUUGUAUAUGCGACGACCAAGGAACCGAUCUGUGCGACAGUUAUACGGGGAAAUGUGUUUGCAAAUCCAAUGUGAUCGGAGAAAAAUGCGACAGAUGCGAAUUUGAACAUUACGGUUUCCAAAGCGGUCGAGGUUGCCAGCCGUGCAAGUGCGGCGAAGCAUCGGAAAGUAAUCAAUGCGAAGAUCUAACGGGACAAUGUAAAUGUAAACCGGGAGUUACUGGAAGGACUUGCGAUAGAUGCGCCGCGGGAUUUUGGAAUUACACUUCCGAAGGAUGCAUAUCUUGCGGAUGUAAAAGUGAAUAUUCAUUAGGACUCGGUUGUAACGCUCUUACGGGACAAUGCGAAUGUCUCGAAGGAGUCAUCGGCGAGAAAUGCGAUCAGUGUCCGCACAGAUGGGCUUUCGAGCCUAACUUCGGUUGCCACAGAUGCGAUACUUGUCACCAUGCUCUGUUAAACGACACGGAUUUAUUAGCGGAACUUAUAGAUCCAAUUAUAAAGGAUUUUGAUACGACCCAAUCGGGAUAUUUUACUAGAAGAAGAUUGGAAAAUAUGCGUGAACAAUUGGAAAAUCUAAAACCGAAAUUGGACGAGAUUAAUCCAAGUGAUACUAGCCUGAAUAAUCCAUUAGAAGAAGUGGAACGUUUGGAACAGGACGCAAAGGCUUUAAAUCGAAAGUCUAAUUAUUCGUUAGAAAAUAGCGAAGAAUAUAAAAAUAAAUCCGAAACUAUAAAAAAUAAAAUAGAAGAAUUGCUCGAUGAAAUAUCAUUAGUUGAAGAAGAAGCUAUUAAAACCGCCGAGGAUAUAGAUAAAAUAUUCACCGAAUUACAUGAACAAGCAGGAAACGAAGUUGAUAAGGCACUUAAAGAAGGCGAAGCGAUCUUAGAUAUCAUGAAAACUUAUAAUUUAACCCAGCCUAAUGCGAUCGCUAACAAUUCGUUGAAAAAAGUUGUUGAUUUGUUAAAAAACGUCACCGAAUUUAAAAUUCCAGUUGAAAAUUUGAAAGAACAAGUCGACGAAGUCGAAGAUAACUUGAAGAAUUUCAAUAAAAAACUGGAUAAUUUGUAUAAUCAUACACAAUUCUCACUUAACAUGGCUAAAGAAGCUGAAGACAUUAUUGGUAAGAUAGGGAAAGAUAGAUUGAAAAAUAAAUUAGAUGAUAUUGAAGAUAAAUUAACUCAAUCUAAAGUAAAUUUAGACGAUUCCGAUAAAUUCUUAGCCAAUGCGUCCAGUUUACUUGAAGUAUCUGUUAAAAAUUUGAAAGAUUUAUUAGACGCUCCCGAUGCUUUAGAAUAUUUGAAUAACGAUUUCGGUACAAACUUAGACAAUAACAAAUUAGAACUGGAAACUAUAGAAGCUCUAAAACCUCAAGUACAAGAACAUGCCUCUACUUUAUCUGAAAGAGUUCAACAGCUGGAACACAUUUUGUCAGAAUCUCAAUUUGGAUCUCAAGAUGCCGUCAAAGCGGCUAGAGCUUAUAAAGAUAUAGUAGCAGCUGUUCGAAGCGCCAGAGAAGCAGCGGACAGUGCUAAAAAUGAUACCAAUCAUGCAGCUGAAAUUCUUAAUAACGUACAGGAACGUACCAAUGAUGCAGAAACUAACUCUGACAGAGCUUUAGAUGAUUCUUAUGAAUUAAAGCAGUUUACCAAUGAUCAAUUAGAACCAAAACUGAAAAAUGCCACUGAGAAGUAUGUGCCUGUGGAGGAGCUAUUAAACAAUGCUGGUCAAAUGUUGAAAGAGAUUCAGAAUAUAUUGGAAAAUCUGCAGGUGCAGGAUCUGGAGGAGGGCUAUAAAGUAGCUGCUAAAAAUGCCGAAGAUGCUUUGUGGUCUGUUCGAGAAGUUAAAGGGAUCGUGUCAAGCAAUUAUAAUGAUUUGCCAAAAGAAACAGAACAAGCUCAGUUAUUACCAAAAGAAGUAGAUGAUAUGCAUAGAAAUUUGGAACAAACUGAAAGACAAAUAAAUGCAGUUAAUGAGAAAUUCCCACCUGUUUUGAAGAGUCUUGAUGAAUUACCGGUACUACAAACUACUUACAAACAAAAAUCCGAUGCCAUAAGGGCUAAUGUUAAAAAAUUGACUCAACAGAUCGAUCUAGCACGAGAUAUUGCUAAUAGAAUUAAAGUAGGGGUUAAAUUUUUCACUAAUACCACAUUGGAACUAAGGAAUCCUAAGAAUCUUGAGGCUUUGAGUACUUCUUCCAAAUUUUCUGGGUAUUUCAAAACUCAAGAAAGUCAAGGACUUAUAUUUUACAUUGGAAAUCCCAAUGCGACAAAUAUACCCAAGCAAAAAACAGAAGAUUACAUGGCACUUAUAAUUCAAAAUGGUUAUCCAGUACUAAACUUUAACAUUGGCAAUGGAAAUGAACAAAUUAUUAAUCAAAAAUACGUAGCCGACAACAAUUGGUACCAAUAUAUAAUUGAAAGGGUCGGAUUCAACGCCAAGCUUUCUAUUCGAGAAGAAUUACAAAACGGCAGCGAAGUUGUAACGACAAACGAAAAAUCCCUAUCCGGCCCUUACACCGUAUUCAAUUUGGACGAUAAACAUUCGAGAAUAUUCGUCGGAAGUAUACCGAACAAUUACCAAGUACCCGAAGGUUUAGAUUCGCGAUCGUUCGAUGGAGAAAUGGAAGAUUUGGUCAUCGGUAACACCCCCGUAUCCCUGUGGAACUUCAAUUACGGUUACGAAAACAAUCACGGUGCCAAAGAACGAAACAAAUUAGUGAAUCUAGCACCGAGCAACGGUUAUAGAUUCAACGGUAACGGUUACGCCAUAUUAGAAUCGAGAUCGUUACGAAUCAGAACGAAAUCCACGAUCCAAUUGAAUUUCAAAACGUACACACCUACAGGAUUAUUAUUUUUAGCCGGAAAAGAAAAAACUUUCAUAUCGAUUCAAAUCCAAAACGGUAAAAUAUUGUUUCAAUAUAAUUUAGGAGGCGAAACUAAAAAAUGGGUAACCAGUAAAAAAUACAACGACGGUAAUUGGCAUAAAAUAACCGCGAUAAGGGACGGUCCUAAAGGGAAAUUAAUCGUCGAUACCGAGGACGUCAUCGAUCGGACCAAAGACAUCACCGGUACUACCUUGGAAUAUAUAGAUACAAUUUCGUUCGGCGGAUAUCCGAAUAGACAUAAUUAUCCGGAAGUGACGGAAAUUAGAUUCGACGGAUGUAUCGUUAACGUAACGAUAAACGCGGAAUCUAUAGAUUUGAGGAAUAAUAUAAAAGCUUUCAACGUCGAACCCGGUUGUCCGGAUAAAUGGUCAUCGAUGGUUUCGUUCGGUAAAGAUAACGAUCAUUACGUCGGUUGGGAUCAAUUAUCUUUAACCAACGAAUUUAAUAUGAGUCUUAAAUUUAAAACUAGUGAUAAAGACGGUCUAAUAUUCUACGUUUCGGAUCAAACGCAAGAAAAUAGUAUUUCUCUAUCGUUAAAAGACGGUUAUUUAAUAUUAGUCGAUCAAAAAAUCAAACUAACCUCAAAAGGAGCUUUCAACGAUAGUAAAUGGCACGUAGUUUCGGUAAUACAUAAAAACGCUUAUUUAAGAAUGGAUAUAGACGACGAAGAAAGCGAAGUGACCGACGCGCCGCCGCCUUUUAUACACGCUUUAAUAUCCAGUCUUUACGUUGGGGGUUUACCGAAUAAAAUCCGUCCUCAAUCGAACGCCGUUGCGUCUAAUAGAGCGUUUUACGGUUGUAUAGCCGAUUUAACGGUAAACGGUAAAGUUAAAAAUUUCGCCAACACCACCGAUAGACAUACGGAGAUAUUGGAUAAAUGCGUUUUAGACGAACCCGAAGAUAUAAAUCAUCCGUUACCCGAAUUGAAACCUAUAGAAACUAACGAUUAUUAUACGACGGAAAUAUCGAAAAUAACAACGGUGAACGUAAACGAAGAAUACGUCACCGUACGCGGAGACGGCGGUAACGAUUUCAGACCGAUAAAUCCCCCUCAAACCGAGGGUCCUAUAAUCGAAGCCGAACCGCCUGUUAUCGAACAAGAACCUACAACUACUAGACGUAUUGGAACGUUACCGCCUACUACGGUACCGCCUCCUCGUACCGAUCAAUGCGCUUUAUCUCCGAAUCCUCAACGGGAAGAUAUAAAAAUCGUCGGUUAUAGAUUCGGAACGCAUAACGGUAGUCGAUUAGAAUUUAACGUAGCCAGAGGAAAAUACAGGAAAGCUUUCGAUUUUCGAUUCGAAUUUCGAACUAGGGAAACUGAGGGUGUAAUGUUUUACGUUUCCGAUAUAGACGCGCGUGCGCCCAGUCAAGAACAUAAACAUUACGCCGCCGUAUAUUUAUCCGGAGGUCAAGUUAUGUUUGUGUUUAAAGCCGACGGCGAACCGGCCGUACUAAAAUCCGAUAGAACUUACAACGACGAUAAAUGGCAUUUAGUCGAAUUCGAACGGGAAGGAGCUAGCGGAAAAUUGGUUAUAGAUCAAGACGAAACAGUUUCCGGUAGCACCGCCGGUAGUAAAUCGUUAAUGUUGAAUUUGCGUUUACCGUUCUUUAUCGGCGGUAUAGCUCCCGAAUUGUACAAUUCCGCUCAGAUCGAUUUGAAUACGACGGCGACGUUUUUCGGUUGUAUCAGAAGUAUAUCGAUGAAUAACAAACCGUUGGAUAUUUCUGCCGGAUACGGAUUAAUUCCUUGUACCGAUAACGUCGAAGUGGGAACUUACUUCGGCGGCGGAAUGGAGACUUACGUUAAACUAAAAGAUAAAUUUAAAGUCGGUCAAAUGUUUAAUAUCAAAUUGGAUAUUAAACCAAGGGUGGAGAGCGGCGUGUUGAUAGCGGCGCACGGUAAAAAAGAUUAUUACGUAUUGGAAUUGUUGAACGGUACGGUGAGGUUGCACGUGGAAAAUGGAAAAGGGCCUAUUACCGCCGUAUUCAUACCUCCUAAUAACAACACUUUCCAUUUGUGCGAUGGAAAAUGGCACAACAUUCAAGCCGUUAAAUCGAAGAAUGUUGUUACUUUAUCGGUGGAUAAUCUGUAUUCGGAUCCGAGGAUCGGUCCGCACGCUUUAUCGACAGAUACAGGUAGCGCCCUCUUCCUCGGCGGACAUCGGUUGAUAAAGAAAGUUCGAGGUAUACAUUCUAGAACACCGUAUAUAGGAUGCAUCAAAAAUAUUGAAAUCAAUAACGAACCGUGGGAUUUAUCCAACGAUAUGGGUAUCAACGGGAACGUUACCAUCGGAUUCUGUCCUACUUUUUAAGUUUUAUAAUUAGAAAUAAAUAAUAUUGUAUCGAAAA